GCGGUGCCGCUCCUGGUGCGGGGCCUGUCCCGCUGAACCGUGGCGGCAGCGCUGCGGGAGGCAGCGGCCCGGGAAAGGGGCUCGGGCAGUGGCUCCGCAGCCUCCGUGGCUUCUGUGGUCGCACCAGGCUAGCGGCAAGAGCCGGAACGGAAGUUUCCCGGAACCUGCGUGGCUGGCCUGUGCUUCCUGUGCGGCCGGUAUGGGACAUGAAAGUGGCCAUGGCCAUGGCCAUGACAAAGUGCAGCUCCCUGACUACAGGCAGUGGAAGGUGGAGGGAACUCCCCUGGAGGAGGUGCAAAGAAUGCUGGCUAGACGGGGUCUGAGGGAUCCGUGGGCUCGUAAUGAAGUGUGGAGAUACCAUGGUGGCUUUGCAAGACCUAUCAGCAUAACAGAAAUCUUUACCAGGGGAUUCAAGUGGGGAGCUGUAGCUUUCAUCAUAGCUCUGGGCAUUGAAUAUACAGUUUUUCCUCCAAAGAAGAAUGGAGGCCACCACUGAAGAUCAAAUAUGACACCUUAAUACUUACUAAUCAUAAGCUGAAGCAUACAUAAGCCUUCUGCUCACUCUGUACUUAUGCAUAUUAAAGUCUAUCACAGGCAAA